AUGAGCAACAACACCCUCUUUCAGCCGGCAAAGUGCUUCGACGCACCGGAUUCGACCCCCAGCGACGCCGGCGUUGCUGGGACUGGUAUCCUCCUCUCCUUCAUGAUCACCGCAGGUCUGGCCAUCCUCCUCUCCAUUAGCAUCAUCGUCACCGAGUUCCGCGGCAACUCCGCCUCCAUCCGGAGGAAGAUGCUCGAUGGCUACAGCGACUCCCAAAUCAUGCAAGGAAUCGGCAUCCAAAGUGUCGGACUGGCCAAGAUGAACACGCUCGUCCCCUACCACUUCUUCCUCAUCUGGAUGCUCUCCUUGCUCUCCAUGGCCACCCACAACGCGACCCUCCUGGCCCUCGUCAACGACUACCGCCGUGACUGGGUCGUCCGCUGGCUGCGCCAGUUCCUCAUGUUCGUCAACCUUGCCCUCUCCUCCGUCUGCGGCGUCUUCGUCCUGCAGUCCGUCUCCAAGGGGCUCGGCGAGGGCACCCUCCCCAUCGCCUGCGUCUGGGAGGUCGACGGCGGUGGGCCCGGACCGUCCGCCGGCCUCUCGUACGCCGGGACCAUCGUCGUCAUCGCCGGCAACUGCGUCGUCUUCGGGCUGGCAACCUGGUUCCUCCACAGCAACUACCAGAAGAGGUGGCACAUGAUCAUCCAGGCCGUGGGCAUGUUCCUCAUGACUGCCAUCGCCGUCGGCGCCGCCAUCCGGAUCGGCACCCUCUCUCAGGCGUUCGGACAGCCCUCGGUCAAGCUGAGCGACGAGGGCGAGAAGGACUGGAGCUUCGGCCAGCUGCUGUCGCUGAUGCUGGUCAUCCUGCCCCUCGUCUCGGCGAUUGAGAUCUACCGUGGCGAGAUGAGGGUCGAGCCGAAGCACUGUGUUGUCGACGAGGGCCGGCAGCGUAUUCUCGACAAGGAGAUGCAGCCCAUGAGUUGA